UUUUGAUCAUUCGUUUGGAACUUCGAUGGAACUGAUGCGGAGCAGACUAUUAAUCUGCAGCGGCUGGAGCAGACUUCAAUAUCUUAGCUGGUACAGCUGACAGCGUACUUAGCUAAGGUACAACGACCGAACACCGGAACAUAUUACUGCACCGUGUUAAAAGAGCGCAGGAUGAGAAUCCCGACGAGCGCUCUGUGCCUGGCGAUCCUGGCGAACGGCCUGUCGCUGGUGUUGUGCGACAAGCAGUUGCUGCCAGAACUGUCUUUCACCUUGUCGGGCUACAGCCUGGACUGGCCGUGUCAAAGCACAAGGAACAUCUAUCAGACGAGCGGACGUUACAUCGCCAGAAAUGUCAUUGGCACGAGGAUGCAGGUCUACAAGGACGAUGCCAUAAUAGCGAUGCCGCGGUACAGACCGGGCGUGCCGUUCACCCUCGGUGUCAUGUCACUGAAGACAAAGGACUGUACACCGAAGGUGACACCGUUCCCUUGCUGGGCGAUCCAAGAGGAGGGCAACUGCCAGGCCCUGCAGAGCGCGGUGGACAUAGUUCUGGACUAUCAGGACAUCCUGUGGGUAUUGGACGUUGGUAUCGUAAAUACUUUGGAGCAACCAGUGCGCAGAUGUCCUCCAAAAGUCGUUGGAAUUGACGUGAAGAGCGGAAAGGUCGUCAAGGUGAUCGACUUGAGCCCUCUGGUGGACCCGACGUCCCGUCUGCAAUACCUGGCGGUCGAUUACGCGGAAGACGGUCAAGUGUAUAUAUACGUAACCGACGCCUCUUCCAAGGUUAUUAUCGUUUACAACGCCGUCGCGGAUAAAGGAUACCGAGUGGUCCUUCCAAAUGCCGUUGCCGCCGGCAGCGAGCAAAAAGACGUUUUAUACACCGCGCUGGUGAAGAAGAGCUGCGGCACGUCGGUGCUGUACUUCACUUACUUGGGCAGUAACAAGAUCUACGCGAUCAAGGCGGAGAAUCUGAGGAAAGGUCACACCCAGGGGUCAGUCGUAGAUAUCGGAUUGAAGCAUGAAAAGAGUGUUCUCCUCGGAACUGAUAACGGCUCCGCUAUCUUCUUCAGGAAGAAGGGUGAUUCCGAUGUCUACAUGUGGAACACCGAGACGUCCUUCAGACCGGAGAACUUCCUUUUAGUGCAACACGGCAACGAUUGCCGACUGCCAACUCAAGUGGUUCCUGGUUACAAGAGACUCAUGUGGGUAAUCGAGAGCAACUUCCAAGAUUAUAUACAGAACACACAAAGUUGUUCGGGUGCUUCCGUGUCUGUUCAUCCUUUGGUCAAUUCUUGCGAUGACUAAAAACUACUUGACGGGCCAGGCUUCUUCAGACUUACGACUGCCAUUACGCGGUUGUAUCCAUUAUACAAUUCAGUCUUGUAAGCAAAAUUUUAAUUAAUAGAUUUAGAGUUUAGAUUUUGAUGCGCGCGCGUUAAACGCAUGAAAACAAUCGUCUAUAUUUAUUUAUGGCAAUGGAGAUACGACAGCUAACGUAAGGUACAUUUUUCCAUAUUUGCUACAUCGCGAAACGAAUUCAGCAAAAUUAUAUUGGUUUAAGUUCCUACAUAUAUAAAUAAAAUAAGCAAUCUUAUUAUGUUUCUUUUUCGCGAUGAAAGGAUAAUUAUUCUUUGACGUUUUAAUAACAUUAGUUGUUUCAAGAAUUAAAAUGUUUAAUUAAGUUUAGAAAAAUAGAAAAUCAAGUUCUAUUUUGUCGCUGAUCUAGUCAUGUAAUCGGCAGCAUUCUGCGCCUUGAUUCUCGUACAUAUCAGGUAAAUAUUAUUUCAAUUGAUAUAAAUGUUGUUUUUUUUUUGUUCGUAAUUAGUAUAACCAUGUUGAUUAGUAGAGAACUCUCUCGAAAUACAUAUUACUGCGCCACGAUUGCGUACCAGACGAAUUUACCAGUGUAAAAAUUACUUGUAUCGUCGAUACCCUAAGUCGACGUCGGCAAAUAGCCGCCAGUUUUCAAUCAUAAAUCUUAAGAAUCCAAUUUCCGACUACUUACCUACCGUAUGAUAUCUCAUCGAAGAAAGUGAUUUACAAUUUGUAUUAGCAUGGUUGACUGUAACACCGUGUAAUUGUUGUUAUGUAACACGAUGCAAACGGCAAAUAAACGUCAGCUUAUGUAAACGCA